AUGCGACAGCGUAUCGAUCAUCUGGAAGAGCUUGUCAAAGGAUUGAUUAAUGAGCAGCAGCAGACACAAGAACAAGAGAGGACAGCUGUGAUUACGCCUCAAAGUCCCGAAGCAGAUUCAACAACAGAGCCAUCUGCUGCAAUCCGCAAUGGGCAAGAUGGUACCAGUGCUGGUCAAACAGUAAUAGAUGGCAAUCACUCGGUAUACAUGGGCGAUAAUGAUUGGUAUACCGUGCUUCAAGAGAUCAAUGAGCUCAAAAACACUUGGACGCAAGAGCAAGAGUCUCACAGCCAUGAUAGCCCAGAUGCCGAUCUGUCAUAUACGGUUGACGGAUCCAGUCUUUUGUUCAACCAGGUCAAACCUAUAGAGAGACUUGAGAUACUUGCGUCGCUCCCAACCAAGGCAGAGACUGACCGUAUGGUUGCCAACUUCUUUGAUCGCUCGAAUUUUCCGAUAAAUAUUCCUCCUAUUCUGCACGAGCCAACGUUUAUGCAAGAGUACAAUGAGCAUUGGAAAGACCCCACAAAGACGGGCUUCAUCUGGCUUGGUCUUCUAUUCUCUAUGCUUGGCAUCAACAUGCUUGCUUACGACCAGUAUGGAGAGCCUUCAGAGUACGAGGGCAUGGCAGAGUCCCUCUUUCAAUUGUACCGGAUGCGCACAGCACAAUGUCUGCUAAGCGGCGAUAUCGCCAAGUGCCUGCCAUAUACUGUGGAAACUUUGCGUUUCAAUGCAACUGCCGAGCUCAGCCGCAAGGAAGACAAUCGCCGUGGUCUCUGGAUCAUGACGGGCGUCAUCAUCCGCACUGCCAUCAACAUGGGCUACCAUAGGGAGCCCUCACGAUCUGCAGGCUUUUCGGUACUACAAGCAGAAUACCGGCGGCGCAUCUGGAGCUCAGUCAUGACCAUGGACGCCAUGUCGUCGUUUCUCGGAGGUUUUCCGCCUACGGCCACGGCGAUAUACUCUGACACGAGGGAGCCCAGCAAUCUGCACGACUGGGAGCUGUCGCCAGAAUCAACGGUGCUGCCACCAUCAAGGUCGCUAGAGGAAUCGACGUCGGCCACAUAUCUCAUUGUCAAAGGUCGACUGUGUCAAGCCCUAGGCCGUCUGGCUGAGUUCAAUAGUGCCGCCAGCCAGGGUUCGUAUGAAGUGGUGCUCGAGAUUGACCAGCUGUUGCAUGAUAGAUUUCAUGGCUUUCCCAGCUACCUAAUGACGGUACCUGUCCACAAGAAUAACAUGACCAGCAGCAAUCGCGCGGAUUUUUACCGAUUGAACCUCAUCAGCAUGUAUCACAAAGGCAUGUGUACUCUGCACAGGAAAUUCAUGGCAAAGGCGAGAGUCGAUGAACGUUUCAAGUUAUCCCAACAGCGGUGCAUCUCGUCAGCAUUGUCCCUGUUGGGUCUUCAGGAUAUCCUGAUGCCGGGCCUAUACGAGAUAUCACAGGUGAGGCAAAUGCUGACGCUGGCCGCCAUGAUCUUGAUACUAGAGCUAGAACUGAGGCAGAAAUUGCCCAAGGCCGAGGAAUCUCCCAGUAGCGAAGAUCUAUUCGAGGUGUUGGGGAGAUCAUGCCACUUUUGGGAAGCCGCCUCGACAAGUUGUGAUGAGGCAAACAAAUCUUAUCGUUUCCUCGUGGAUCUGCUGUCAAAGUCGCCUCACAACAUUGGCACUGCAUCUGGACCUUUGAAGACGAUGUCGACUCAACAGCAAGUCAAUACCUCAGGAUACACCCCUAGCUUCGAUACAAUCACUGAUGGUCUGUCUUUCGGGGAUGACUUGUCCAACAUAGAUUUUGAUUGGACAAUGUGGGAUACUUUCAUCGAGUACGGUCACGAUCAUGUUGGGCCUGGCUAG